AUGCCUGCGCUUCUGAACACCACAACAUGUCUUCAAGCAACCACGGCCAGCGCCCCCGAGGUUUUUGGACCGAAGCAGAAGACACCUAUGCGUCCCAGUACAGCUAUCCCGCAGGAAAUCAUCCACGAAGCUCGUGCCGUCCAAACUGAAGACUGGAACCCACAGAAACAUGUUGCUCCUAAAACGGAGAUGACGCAGCAUCUCAUGAAGGAUAUUGGACUCGAUGGCCACGGCAUCUCUCCCGUCGCCGUAACAGAUCCUUUCCCUCUCUUCACCAACGAUGCCAUCGCGCAGAUGCGCCGCGAAAUCUUUAGCGAGCCGGUUCUGCGCGACUGUCGUUUCAAAUCAGACUUUUGUGCCAACAUGAUCCGGGGCAUGGGCCAUGCGAAGGCGCCCUUUACCUACUCAGCGUGGUGGUCUCCGGAGAUACUCGCCAUCGUGUCCGAGGCGGCGGGCAUCGAGCUUGUGCCCGCUGUCGACUACGAGGUGGCCAACAUCAACAUUUCCAUAAAUGAUCAGAAUUCGACGGAAAUGGUCACGCAUGGCGAUGUGACUUCUGCUGUUGCUUGGCACUAUGAUAGCUACCCCUUUGUCUGCGUCACUAUGGCGGCAGACUGUACCGGCAUGGUUGGAGGGGAGACUGCUAUCAAGUUGCCAAACGGAGAAGAGAGACGCGGCACUUGUGUCGUUAUGCAGGGUCGGUACAUUCUUCACCAAGCACUCAAGGCAUUUGGUGGCCGGGAACGGAUUUCCAUGGUAACGGCCUUUCGGCCAAAGAGUCCAUUCGUGCGCGACGAGUCCAUCCUCACUGGAUCUCGGGUCAUCAGCAACAUAAAUGAGUUGUAUCCACAGUACAUCGAGUACCGUCUGAGUAACCUUGAAGAGCGUUUCCGUCGCGCCCUUCAACAGGAAAAGCGCCGCCAAGUCGAAUGCAAGAGAUUUGACAUCACGGCAAUGCGAGCGUUUCUCAGUGAGCAACUGGAGUACAUUGAAACCUGUCUUGCAGAGGUCUACGAGCCCGAUGCCGAUUGGGUUCACCUCGACAACUGUCGAGGGCCGUAUUUAUCUUGA